AUGAUAGCCAGGCUGACAGAAAUCAAAACACAUCACGAGCGAACUUUAAGAGACAAUUUAGUUAAAAAGAAUGAUCAACUCAACAAUGUGAAAUUUGAGUUAGACAAGAAGAAGAAAGGAAUUAUCGAUACAGUAGAAUUCAUGGAAGAAAAUAACAAAACCAUAUCAGAUUACAGCUUGAUUGAUAACUACAGAGAACUAGCAAAACUGUUAUCUAAAUUAGAGAUUCAAAUGACAAACUGUGAAUAUUCAGUGAGGUUCACUAGAGGUAAAAUCAAUGAUGAUCUACUUGAGUCUUUUGUUGGAAAAACUCUCGACUUUGAUAACAUUUGUGUUACUACACAAACAUCAUUUAAAUAUGGAAAUGAUGUAAUCUUUGUGUUGGAGACAUUCAGCGAAGACCAAUGUUACAUAAGAGAACAUGAAUCAAAAUAUACAGAAAAGGUUAACAAAGAAGGAACUAAAAAAGAAAAAUUUAGUAUCACUCCAUUUGACAUGUGUGUGACUAAUGAUGCCAAUGUUUAUUUCACUGAUGUUGAUAACAAUACCAUCAGCUGUCUGUCGCCUUCUGCUCAACAAUGGAUGGUGGACUACUGGUCACCUUGA